AUGGCAUUGAUAAUAACAUUAGCAGCUGAUCAAGUCGUUAUCACGAGAGGCCUUGGCUUAACUAUGUUUCUCACUGUUUAUUACUUUACCAUCGAGGUUGUACGUGCUGUACUUGUACCGCGUGUCUUUUCAAAAUUGUCGCUGGCGGGCGGGCGGGCGGGGGGCAGGACGGCGGCGUCCGGGAUCCGGGACAGCCGGGCGGCCGUCCGUGGCAGUAGGACUGUACGUGCUGCCUGCCGCAAGCCCGGCCACCGCCGGCCGGCCGCUUCCACUCCCCCCACCACAAUGGAGGCGGAGGCGGAGGGCCCGCACCCGCUGCCGAAGCCGGGGGCGGAGGAGCCGGUGGCGGGCCGGCGGUGCGGCCGGCACCCGGCCCAGCCCAUCACCGGCGUCUGCUCCUCCUGCCUCGUCGAGCGCCUCGCCUCCGUCCGCAGCCCCGCCCACCCCGAGAUCGUCGAGGUCGCAUCCUCCUCCUCCCCCUCCCACCGCCACCCCGACGCACACCCCGUCCCCGUCUCCGGCGACCAAGACCAGGGCAAGCUGCGGAGGACGCUGAUGCUGCUCUUCCAGAUGGACGACUCCGGCGCCGACCGCCAGGGCGCCGCGCGGUGUCCGCCCGAGGCCAGGGAUCCCGAUAGGGCGGACCACCCCGGAGGAGGAGGAGGCCGCGGGAGCCGUUGGAAGGGGGCCUCCUGGCUCAGGGCGAUCCUGCCCAGGCGGGGGGCGCGGCGCCGCGAUGCCAAGGAGGGGGAGGAGGAGGAGCCCUCGCGCCCGUCCGGAGCGCUGGAUCCCCAUCCCCAUCCCGGCGAUGCCGGCGGCGGCGGGCCGUCGCCGCCGCUCGUGGAGCGGAGGGCCAGCUUCCGCCGCUCCUGCGAGUGGAUGGUGUGCCGGGAGCCGCUCGGCGGCAGGGGGCGCUCCUCCUCCUCCCUGGACCCGCCCCGCCACUCCUGGGACGGCUCCAUGGUCGGCAGGGCCUUCGCCUGCUCCUUCGCGUGCCUAGACGACCCGCCUGACGGCGUCACCAGGGUCAGGCAGAGCAAUGCAGAGGAGCUCCCUGCUGCCGGGGUUGCAGCAGAGGCCAGGAAUGGGGACCGUGCUGCUGCUGCCGGGGUGGCAUCAGAGAGCAGGAAUGGGGGGCAUCCCGCCGAUGUGGCCGGCGAGGGGCCGAGGUUCAGAGAGACGAGGCGCUGCAGUGACGCCGGCCCGGAGAUAACUGCGGCGGCCUCGGGUGUCCGACGCCGGAGGUCCAACAGGUGGAGCAGGGUGUGGGAUCGGAGCAUCACUAGCCCGCUCAAGGAGUUCGUGAGGAAGGGGGAGCACGCUCUCGAACGGUCCUUCUCUGAGUCAAGGAGGGAAACUCGGAGGUGUAAAAAUGGGGAGACGACAGACAUCGAAAAUGGCGAAAUUCAGCAUGGCCGCAGCAACGGGUCGGUACUUCCAGGCAGAGCAAGCCAGAGCUCAAGCAGAAGCUCCCAAGCUGCCGCGGUUAACGGGGACGCGCAGAAUUUCCGCGCGGAUUGGCUCAAGAACAAGGAGUGCAGGAUCGGCAGGAGCAGGAGCGUGCAUUACACUUCCCCUGGGAACUUCGAUAAUGGGAUGCUGCGGUUUUAUCUGACGCCGAUGAGGAGCAACAGAACUGCAAACAGGGGGAGGAGGAGAAGCUCGCGCUUGUUUGGAAGAGGACUUUUUGGUUUUGUUUGAGUGGCUCAAGCUGAAUGCUCGCAGCCCAUGCCAUGCAUUUUAGAAGAUGGCAGCAGCACAAGCAACUUUUUCUUCAGAAUUUACUUGGUUUCUUAGAACUGGCUAACUCUGUAAGUUGUUCAGCAGCUACAUUCUUUCUGUAUUACAUUGUUAAGCCCAACUUAGAGUCAGGGAAGAUUUAGUUUAAGUUGCAGAUUUGCUGCUCUGUUCUUUUAAGAUAGUAUUGCUUAUAGAUGGAAUCUGGACUGUGCUGUGCAGAUUAGCGUAUCAGGUGUAAUUAUUUACAUUGAUAAUAAUAUUCGUUUUAACUCUUCAAA